AUGAUGAGCCGUUUCGUACUCUGCUCAGCAGGCCUGUGCGCCUACCGUUUGUUCAUUGCACACUUUUGUCUCAAGACCUUCCUCUUGGUCAAUAGGCUUCUCAAUCUUCCAUGUUUCCUUCGUUGGAUCCAAAGACUGGUCUCCGAGGUAAAACCCCUGAGACCCCUUGUCUGCAACGCCAUCCUUGGUCGCUAUGUCGAGUUCUCUGCGGGAGUGACUACCGAACGUGGUGUCUCUGCUUCCGAGACUACUAUCCUGCCACCUGGUGAAAUGUUGGCUGAGCAGAGUCUGUUGGCCCGAUACUUCCAGCAGUUAGACGCCGUAAAUCGUGACUCACGCAAGAGCUUGGUGGAUAUCAUUCCUGCCCCUCUUCUGCAGGAACAGUUUUAUCGAGGAGUCUUUGCAAUCGAGUUAAUUCGGCAAUAUGACAGAAUUGCUCACCUCGACGUGGACGACAAACCUAUUGCUGAUGAUAUCUUCCUAGCUCUCGCCAUUCGGCACGCCAGUUAUCCCAGUCGGGUGAGUGUUAUGCCCAAUAUCGCGAUAAUGAUGAUGUAA